AUGCAUCUCAAGUCUCUUAUCUUCGUGCUUGCAUUGUAUGCUGGUAUAGCUGCUGCUGGAUUCCGAUCGCCUUCACCACCACAAUGGCCGUUGGUUUGGAUGACAAGUGGAAGUGCUUAUAAUAUUUCUAGUAAUCAGACAGCAUGUGCACAAGUCUUCUACGAUUGGAGACGACCAGCUCAAGUUGUCAAUUUAAUGAGAAGCGACUCGUAUGUAUAUACGAUACUUCACAUCGAACGCACCGUUUGGCGACUACAACGUGCAAAUCGAACGUGUUGUAUUGAUCCGCAACAUACUGGCAUAACACCACCAAGACCAGAUUGGUUACAAAGUGGUAAUGAAACUACUUACGAUGGGAUUAUUUCGGUCAUGGAACAUGCAUGUCAUUCAUGGACAAAAUCAAUACCGGAUUUUGCGGCAUUCUCAUGGUUAACGUCAGUUGCGACUGGUGUACCCUGUCGUCUUGGAUGGUUAAAUGCUGUGCAUUUCGAUUUUUCAUUCUACUCCGAUAACCCGGAUCUGUUACCAAAAGGGAUUUUUGAUAUACCCGAUUAUUGUCCACGUGAAAUAACAGACCCAAAUUGUGAUGUCAUGCAUUUCUAA